CGCGCUGCUGAUGCGAGAAGAACACCGCGCUCUCAUUCAUUACAGACUGAGCUGAGACUGAAAUGCUCACAGAUAUGAUUGAAGAAGAAUUUGACAUUAAGGAGGAAGAACCCUGGUACGAUCAUCGGGAUCUUGAACAUGAUCUCCAUUUGGCCGCUGAACUGGGUAAAAACUUACUGGAGCAAAACAGAGAGUUAGAACAGAGACUUCAACAGAAGUAUACCACCAACCAGGAGCAGCUUCAGGAAAUAGAGCAUUUGUCUAAACAGGUGGAUUUGUUGAGGUCAGUCAAUGAUCAGCAUGCUAAAGUAUACGAACAGCUGGAUGUGACGGCACAAAACCUGGAGCAGAAAAACCAAAGACUGCUUCAAGAGAACCGAGCUGCUCAGCUGAAGAUUAAGGGGCUCACAGAGACUGUGGAUGGGCUACAGAUGCAGGUGGAUGAGCUCCAUCGAGAGAUGAAGAAGUUGGUUUCUUCUGAACAGAACCGUUCCAGUACACACUCACAAACCCUACAGCCUGAUCAUCUCCAGUGUCACAUGUGCUACAAGUGCCAAUUGCACAAAAACUCCCCUGAGCACUCCUCUUCUGCCAGCCAUUCAGCUUUAAAAGAGGAGGUACAGGAUGAGGCAUGCAUUGACCUCAUGCGCUCCCUGAAUUCCCUGCAGGCCCAGCUAAACACAGAGCGUUCUCUGAGAGAAGCUGCGGAGCGGGAAGCCGAUGCUCUCACUCGCAACCUCAGCGAACUGGAGCCAAAACUAGCACUGCUGGGAGACUACAGGGAUCGCAUGGCUGAGAUGGAGGCCGAAGUCAAGGAACUACGACAAAUGCGGUCUAACACCAUAGCUCAAGCCACAUUCCCUCAUAGCCUGCCUUUAGACACUGUAUUCCUUGCGUCUGAUGAGGAAAUGGGCGUGGUCAGACAAAGGGGGCGUUGCUUGAAUCGCUGUAGCAGUGAGAGGCAGUUGCACAGUUCUGGCUAUGAUGAGGGAAGGGCUACAGAUGAGAAUGGACAGGGUUGUUUUAAACAGGGCGAGGGUGCGAAACAUCACGGUAUUUCUUUGCUAAAUGAGGUGGAUGCGCAGUACACAGCCCUGCAGGAGAAAUAUGACACAUUGCUGCGGCGAUGCGAGAGUUGGAUGGGACAACAGAACCACAAAGCCGUUCAGACACCCGUGGACAGUUCUGCCCAAACACAAACACACUCCCAGGGUGUAAAUACACAGGAAGAUGCCCCGCUGCCUGAGUAUAAAGUCCUGUUUCAGGAGAUUUUCACUUUUAUUCAGAAGAGCACAAAGGACCUGAAGGAAAACAGGAUCAAGCCCAGUCAGGCUAAAUGAAGCUAUUUUCCAAACCCUAAAGACAUGUGCUCAUUGAACUUGGUAUCUCUGCCAAAGGGCAUUAGUCUGACAGAUAUAAUCAGUAAUCUGAUUGUCAGAGUUAAAGACCUUAUGGGUGUGAUAAAACCAGCUCUCACCUGAAAUCACCCAUGCACUUAUUGAAAAGUGACUCCAGAAGUAUUUGGACACGCCAGAAGACAAACUUAAAAAUGUAUGAAUACCAUAACUUACUAAUGCCCUUGAUCUAAAAGUUUUUAUACUUUCUUUUGUAGUUACUUUAAAUAGUACCCACUUUAGUGGGUGUAUGAAGUACUGUACUCUUAGAAAUAAAGGUCUUUGCUGGGAGAUUUGGUUCCAUAAAGAACCUUUAGCAUCCACAUAACCUUUAUGUUAUGAAAAGUUUAUUUUUUAAAUGGAUAAUGAUUCUUUUAAGAACCUUAACUAAGGUUCAACCUACUAUUUUAAGUUUUGACUUGUGUGUGAUAAGUUGACAAUACUUAUUGACAAAACAAGUUGCAAUUGUUUAACUUAAUUUGUUAAGUUAAUUGAAAGGAGACAUUUCAUGAAAAUCUUACUUUUUCAAUGUUUAAGUGCUAUAACUGGGUCCCGACCCGAGUGCUUUUAUCAACCUAGAUAAUGUAAAAAUAAACAAUUCCUUUGUGAUGUCAGAAGGGGAUCAUUUUAUAAUAAUACCGCCCCUUAAUCUGCACUAUCCAACUACAGCACUGCCAUUUAGUGCAGAGAUCAGCUCAUUUGCAUUUUAAAAGACGCACCCAAAAACGGCACAUUUUUGGUCACACCUAAAAAGUUGAAAUUUUAUCAUGUUAUAAUAUAUUAUCUAAAAACAAACGGUGCUAUAUAGCACCAAAAGUGGU